AUGAAUGAUGACAAUGUGUUUGAUGACAUAGCUAAAACAAAUUCUGUAAAAGAACAAGACAAGCCUUAUUCACCUAGAAAUUCAUUCAAUUUAGACACAAAAACAGCAUCUCCAAGAAAUAGUUCAACUUUAACAGACAAUGCACAAAAUGUUGACACAACCCCAACUUCUUUAAAGAAGUCUCUGGAAAUGUUCAACAGAAGGGGAUCAGACGACAUAGGGAGGAAAUCAGACACAAAGAGAAACAGUUACUCAGAAAAAGAGGUAGACACAAAUUCAGCACGUCCAUUGAGUCCCAGUGUUCAACAUACUCUUACACCAGUUCAUCCUAUGUCAAAAGUGUUUGACUCAAAAUCUUUGGCAAAAAAGACUGACAAGCCCAAGAGGCCAAAGCCUGUUGCGAAAAAGCAUCAUCCAAUUCCUAAGGAUACUCUAGAACUUAAGCAUGAAGCAGAUAGAGUGAAACAGCAAGAGUUGGAACAGCAGAAGAAACGAGAAAGUUUGACAUUAAAUGAUGUGAGUGAAGUUGCAGAGAGUGUUGCUUCAGAAACUGUGUCAGAUGAACCCAAUAUAAAACCAUCUAGUAAAAAAUCUGGUAAAAUAUCCCCAAGAAAGACACAAAUAUUUGAUUCAAGUAAUAUAGUUAAGAAGAAUAGGGAACCUCCUAAAGCUGCACAAAAUACUAAUGAAGUUUUAUCUAACAGUGUGCCAAAAACAGUUUCGAUUGAGAUCAAAGAUUUAGGUGACACAAACACCAGCAAUGAAAAUGAAAAAGAGGUAGCUAUGGAAAUAUCUCCAGUUAAACCAUCAAAUACUGAGAAGAAAAAUAAUGAUGGAUUAACUGAAUUAAAACCAAAUAUAAUUGAAACAGUGGAUAAGCCUAAACCAAGAAAAUUUAAAGUGAAAGAACAAAACUUUAUUAAGGCUGAAAAUGUUAAAGAGGUGGAAAGAGCAAAACCCAUUACGAACAACACAGUGGAGAAAACUGAGAGCCCAGUGUCUGGUAUGUCUUCGUUCCUUGCUAGCCGGUUGAAAAAAACUCAACCAGACCAAGAGAACCAGUUGAAAACAUCUUCUGUUCAUCUUGCAAAUGGUUCCUCCCCAUCUCCAGUUCCGCGAAAACGACAAGCACCAGCACGUCCAGCCAGCAAUGGUCCUUCCAUGGAUGUUGAGUUAGAGUCAGAAAAAUCUGCACCUCCUUUACCGGCUAUCCGCAGGCCUCCUUUACUAAAAACAAAUAUAGAUAGAUGUUAUAAAUUGAAGAAAUAG